UUUGUAUCUAUACAUUUUUAGUAGCUUGUGAGGGAUCGGUUACCGAUAAUUGUACCUAUACAUAGAUAUUUUCGCGGACUAUAUAAUAUAGUGUGUGUGCAACUAUGAAGUUACUCGUUUGUGUUUCUGUGCUAGGGCUGAUGUUGCAGCAGUUUAACUGCGCACCGUUGACGGACUAUGAAGGAAACGAAGGAAACCGAGGAUAUGAAAUGGAAAACAGUUCUACAAACAGUUGGAAUUACGGCUUAGGAGGACGUUUCAAUGUCGGAGUGGAAGGAGGUUGGAAAGACGGACAAGGAUUCCUUGGAACCAAAAACGAUGUGGGAUUGGACGUCUACGGCAGAACAACUACGGGUAACAGGAAAUAUUGGAAUCCUAUGCCUUCUAAUCAAGGGUGGAACAGCCCUUGGCAUGGAUCUAAUGUUCCACAGUAUGGCCAAGGAUAUCAGUAUGGCCCAUCAUCUGGUUCUUAUUAUGGCCCACCAUCAGGUCCUCAGUAUGGCCCACCAUCAGGACCUCAGUAUGGCCCACCGCCUGCAUCUCAGUAUGGGCCUCAAUAUGGCCCAGCUACUCAAUAUGGCCCACCACCUGCUUCUCCAUAUGGCUCACCGUCUUCUCAAUACGGGCCACCUCAAGGACCGCAAUAUGGGCCACCACAACGUCCCGAAAAUGGUCCACAAGGCGCAUCACAGAACGGGCCACCACCUGGUUCAAAAAAUGGACCCUCUGGACCUGGUCCCCAGUAAUGAUCGGCUGAUCUAAGAGACAAAUAGGUGCAGACGACGUGGUCUAUGCACCAUGUCAUGUAUGUAUAGAAUAAUAAGCAAUUAAGCAAAAUUAAUAAAUUAUCUACAUGAUACAAUAUGUUUUAUAAAUAAAUAUACAUUUAUGUUUUGUGUUUUGUGAAAUAAAUAAAUAAAUGAUUGUAAUUGA